UGGGCCGCGGCGGCGAUGCAGCGACGGCGGCGCGCUCCGCCCGCGUCCCAGCCGCCCCAGGACGGCGGGCGCGGCGAGGAUGUGGAGGUGCAGUUCUCCUCCGGGUGUUUGGGCUCGGCCGCUCCUGCCGGGCCCCCGGCGCGCGGCACCACCGAGGACGAGGAGCGGCUGGAGCGCGAGCACUUCUGGAAGGUCAUCAACGCGUUCCGCUACUACGGCACCAGUAUGCAUGAACGAGUGAACCGAACAGAAAGACAGUUCCGAUCACUUCCAGAUCACCAGCAGAAGCUGCUUCCUCAGUUUCCUCUUCACUUGGACAAGAUCCGGAAAUGCAUUGACCAUAAUCAGGAAAUACUGCUGACCAUUGUGAAUGAUUGCAUUCAUAUGUUCGAAAAUAAAGAAUAUGGAGAAGAUGGCAAUGGGAAGAUUAUGCCAGCAUCGACAUUUGAUAUGGAUAAGUUAAAAUCUACACUGAAACAGUUUGUAAGAGACUGGAGUGAAACCGGGAAAACAGAAAGAGACGCCUGCUAUAAGCCAAUCAUUAAAGAAAUCAUAAAAAAUUUUCCAAAAGAGAGAUGGGAUCCUUCUAAAGUAAAUAUUCUGGUACCUGGUGCUGGACUAGGAAGAUUGGCCUGGGAAAUAGCUAUGCUAGGUUAUGCUUGUCAAGGAAAUGAAUGGAGUUUUUUUAUGCUCUUUUCUUCCAACUUUGUACUCAACAGAUGUUCUGAAAUUAACAAAUAUAAACUUUAUCCCUGGAUCCAUCAGUUUAGCAAUAAUCGGAGAUCAGCUGAUCAGAUUCGACCCAUUUUUUUCCCUGACGUUGACCCCCAUAGUCUUCCUCCUGGUUCUAACUUUUCCAUGACAGCAGGAGACUUUCAGGAGAUUUACUCAGAAUGCAAUACCUGGGACUGUAUUGCCACCUGUUUCUUCAUAGACACAGCUCACAAUGUAAUUGAUUACAUUGAUACAAUAUGGAGAAUACUCAAGCCAGGUGGAAUUUGGAUAAAUCUUGGUCCUCUUCUAUACCAUUUUGAAAAUCUGGCAAAUGAACUUUCUAUAGAAUUGAGCUAUGAGGAUAUUAAAAACGUUGUUCUGCAGUAUGGAUUCCAGCUAGAGGUGGAAAAAGAAUCUGUAUUGUCAACAUAUACUGUGAAUGAUCUCUCUAUGAUGAAAUACUACUAUGAAUGUGUUUUGUUUGUGGUCCGGAAGCCACAAUAAUGGUCUUAAGUGAUAUUUCCCAGAAAAAAAAAAGUUUAAUGAGAAUAAAUGCCGAAAUAAACAACUCACAGUCGACUCAACUAUCAGUGACAACAGGACACAACCUCAAAUCAGUGGUGCCUUCUUAUUCCUAACAAAAUUUAGAAAUAGUGUCUAUUUUCUUAAUGAUGUCUAUCGCUUUUUUCCAGAAAUAUACUAUACCAUGCAGAUUUAUACUGCACAACUUCAAAAACAUGAAGAAAGUAUCUCCCAUGCAGAUAUAUAGUGGAGGAAAUAUCUUAAAAGUACUUUUUUCUUUGAAGCCCAGAAUUGUCUGUCUUUAAGAAAAUAAACCUAAAUUCCAGUAUUCAUGAAGCUUUUGCAAGUCUGCCGUGUUAAUGAUUGAUUGUCUAAAGUCCGUAAACAUCUCCUUCUUGGAUUCUGCAUUGCCUGUGUUGUGUUUAGCAGAGGCUAAGGAUCCUCUGUUAUAUUCAGCAUCUGGAACUGGAACUUUGUUCUCAUUGGACCUAAGUCAGCUAUACUCACAGGAUUUUGAAACUAUUCUUUCAUUAUUAAAAUUAGUUUUUUAAAAAUUCAGCUGAAUAAGCAUCAAAUAUGUCAUGUAUGAAAUGCUAAUUCAGUUUUAUUACAGGUGAAAUUUCAAUGAAAUACAGUAACAGAAAAAUUCAGUCUUUUUCCAUGCUAAACUGAAUCUUGUAUUAAUUCGUGGAUUCUUUUGAAAUGUGUAAGAGAAACAUUCAGAGCCACAAAAGCAUUUUUU